GCAGCACAGCAAUGAGUGGAAGGGAUGUGCAAACCUUCAUAACAACCUACAGAGCUGAGGAUGUAGAAAAACUGACACUGCGAAUGAAAAAUGGUCUUGGCAGCUCAAAGUACAAACCGGCAGACUAUAAAGGACUGCAAGCCAUUGUUGAUGCCAAACGCCUGGAGUCUGAUCUAAUUGGACAAAAGGUUCAGAAGACUCGCUGUGCAGCCAAGGCAACCAAGGAGAGCUCCAUAUUACGGCAACAUAGACAGGUGUGGAGCAGAGAGUGCCCCGGGCUGCGAAAGGCUGAGUAAGAGCCCCCUAUUACUCCCUGUCAUUAUCUGCAGCAGUUUUCUGAAUCUGCUAUUACACAAUGCAACCAUCUGUGUCUUGAGAGGGAACGGGAGGCAUUCAGGAUAGCCACAGUGGAGCCAAUUUAUCAGCUCCGGGAUGACCUGCGCUUCAGAUUGGGUGAAAUACAACUUCAGCAGCUCGCUGCACAUCCAUCAAACUGGCAACAAGUAAAACAACAGAUAAGCUUUGUGAAAGACCAGCAAGAUGACAUCAGCGCAAAACUUCAUGCAGAGUACCUGAACUUGGAGGAGGAGAUCACGGGCCUUGGUUUGGAGAAAUAUCUAAAUAGUACUUCAGAUAAUUUGGUGAACACAGAAGACAUUCCAAAGGAGGUUUUGGAUGCCGACUGCCCUUACCCAGACCUGAAGGACUCCCUGAUCCAGGCCUUCCACUCCCUGUCAGAACGGUAUCAGAGCAGGUUGCAGAAUCUCCAAGAGCAGCUACAAGGAACUGACAGGUUCUGUGGUUGGCCUCCAGAUGAACACCAACACUUCCAGUUCACAUUGUCGAGAUACAAUCAUGACACACCCAACCACAGAGCACUCUGCAUGGACAUGCUGUCGAGACUUUUUCCUGAGAAGAGCAGACAAGAGCUGAUGGACCACGAAUGUGUGUGGGACUUGCAGUGCUUCACCCAGGCACAGCUGAGACUAGUGACCCAGCAGUGGCAGAGAGACCAGGAGGAGCUGCUGGUCAGAGCCCUGGCCACACUGCAGGAGGCAAAACAUGCCCACCAGGAGGAGCUGGAGCUCCACAGAGGUCGCCAACACCAGCAGGACAUCUGCUUGCAUCUCAGAGAGAAACUGCGGCGGUGGCGGGCCCAGCAGGAGGAGGUGGCUAGGCUGGAGGCAGCUAUAGCAGCUCGACAACAAGAGGAGGAGGAGGCCCGGUUUAAGAAGGAGCAGGAGAAGGAGGCUGCCGUCAGGUCGCAGAAGAAGGAAAAAGUCAGACAGUUUUAUUUAAAGCAGAGCAGGAGGAGGGAGGUGCUGGAGCAGAGGGAUCUAGAGAGGCUUGCUAAUCUGAGGAGCGUCAUGGAAGAGCAGGCAAGGCGAGAUAAACAGAGGGUGCAGUUUCGGGCUGAUGUGUUGCAGCAGCGGAGGAUGGAAAAGGAGGCGAAGGAGCUUGAGCGGCAGAGAGAAGAACAAGAGAGACAGAAUCGUCUGGAAGCUCUCAGAAACCAGGUUGUGGUGGUGGCAGAGGCAGACCCGGAGAGGAUGAUGGCAGAUACGGAGGCUUGGAGGAGUCGACACUUGAAUGUAAAGGAGUUUGAGCUCCCCAGGCCUCUCUAUAGUAUUAACACGUACACAGACACACAGAUUGUGUCUGAUCCCAGAGUGCGGGUGGAGCAGGCUCUGCGGGAGGCGGGUCUGCACCACAGCCGCUACGCCAAAGAGGUUCUGUCUGUUAUCAAGCCCCCCAAACCACCUCGACCAGACACAAAAUCAAUACUUAAAUUCUGACUAAGGUUUUGUUUGGGUCAUAGUAUGACGUCAAACCAAGCCUCUUUCUAGUAUUGAGCGCUAUGUGGCAGGUGAAUAAUACAGUAAAGACCAUUUGUUGCAGGUGUGCUGUUUGCUAUAAAGGUGGCUGUACUCACAAA